AUGGAUGCUCUGAAAUCAAUCCAGUUAAAGUUCUAUGAAGAUUUUCCUGCUGUCGUUCCUCAGGAAGCAGAUUAUGGAUUUUCAAUACCAUCCACCAUGAAACCAACCCAAUGGAGUUACCCAGAAGGUGCUAUUAAUCAAAUUCCAGAAAAAUGUACCAUUGCUGGAGAUGUUAACUCCUUUCUACGAAAUAAACUUGGAGAGUAUAUUGAUUACACCAAUGCACACGUUGAAGAUCUUGCAUCAAGAGGUCCUGUUUCGAAGUAUGUCUUACCCGAUGGCACAAGAGGAGAAUUGGCUAUAAUUUUUGGUGAUCCGUUACCAGGAAUUGCAUGUGAUCUUAAAUCCUUGGGAUUUAAAGUUUUAUAUAAUGCAACAAAGCAAGUUAUAGGAGAGGUCAAACCCUACUCCCUUACUGGCAGUUUGCCACUGGUUUAUGACCUUCAGAAGGAGGGCUAUGAUGUUCAGAACAUUGGCUAUGGUUUAACAGAAACAUACCAUGCAGAUAAUGAGUAUUGUAAUUACAGUGAUAUGGCCAAUGGCUACAAGGUUUUUGCAAGCAUCAUCUCUCAACUAGAAGAAGUUUGA